UCUCCUCUCCUGUUCUCUGUGCGCUAAGACUCCCAGUCGCAGCCGGGGCGCAUGUCUUGACCGGUUUGGCAUACACCAUGAACCAGCCACAUUUCUGAAGGAGAGAACGAAUUUGCAGCUACGACAUCGUGCUAAGGAGUCCGCACAGGUACCGCGAUGGUGGUGAGCACCUCACAGGCGACCACAUCACGCCGGUUUGUUUACUAUGUGCUGAGAGAGACCGAGAUCAACUCCGUGUGCUUUUGACACACCACGGGAGGAUUCUUUCAUUGCCAGUCCAAGCAAGCACUGACCUCUCCUUACAGCAUGAUGCCGGCUUCUCCAAGCUGUGCGGUCUCCUUCCAAAGUCCUCCUGCCAUCUUCGGAUCUCCCCAACGCGACAUCAGCACACUGAGCUCUCUCGAGCAGACGAUUUGAUGCGCCGCUUUGCCUACUGCAAGGUGGUCUUGACCACAUCUUUGGUCUGGGUGCUGGUGGACGUCUUCUUGUUGCUCUAUUUCAGCGAAUGUAACAAAUGUGACGACAGGAAGGACCGCUCGCUGCUUCCCGCCCUCCGCGCCGCCAUCUCCCGUAGCCACGAGGGCCCCGGCGAGAUGGGCAAGUCUGUGAACAUCCCCAAGGAGGAGCACGAGAAGAUGAAGGAGCUCUUUAAGAUCAACCAGUUCAACCUGAUGGCCAGCGAUAUGAUUGCACUCAACAGGAGCUUGCCGGAUGUGCGCUUAAAUGGCUGCAAGACCAAAGUGUAUCCGGACCACCUGCCCAACACCAGCAUCGUCAUCGUAUUCCACAACGAGGCAUGGAGCACCUUGCUGCGGACCGUCCUCAGCGUCAUCAAUCGCUCUCCCAGACACUUGCUUGUGGAAAUUGUGCUGGUGGAUGACUUCAGUGAGCGAGAUUUCUUAGGGAAAAAGUUAGAGGACUACGUUCGGAGCCUUGAGGUGCCAGUGAAGAUCCUGAGGAUGGAGGAGCGUUCGGGUCUCAUCCGAGCCAGGUUGAGAGGGGCAGCUGCCACCAAAGGGCAGGUCAUCACCUUCCUGGAUGCCCACUGCGAGUGUACAGUGGGGUGGCUGGAACCCUUGCUGGCCCGCAUCAAAGAGGACAGGACAGCCGUGGUGUGCCCCAUCAUCGACGUCAUCAGCGACGAAACCUUUGAAUACAUGGCAGGCUCGGACAUGACCUACGGCGGGUUCAACUGGAAGCUGAAUUUCCGCUGGUACCCGGUUCCCCAGCGGGAGAUGGAUCGACGCAAGGGCGACAGAACGCUUCCCGUCAGGACGCCCACCAUGGCGGGAGGGCUCUUCUCCAUCGACAAAACAUACUUUGAAGAAAUAGGAAGUUACGAUCCAGGGAUGGACAUCUGGGGUGGAGAGAACCUGGAGAUGUCUUUCAGGAUCUGGCAGUGUGGCGGUUCCUUGGAGAUUGUCACGUGUUCCCACGUCGGCCAUGUUUUCCGGAAGGCUACUCCUUACAGUUUCCCCGGAGGAACGGGCCAAGUCAUCAACAAAAACAACAGGCGGCUGGCAGAAGUCUGGAUGGAUGAUUUCAAAGAUUUCUUCUAUAUCAUAUCACCAGGGGUGAUGCGCGUCAACUACGGCGACGUCUCUUCCCGCAAAUCUCUCCGCGUAGCCUUGAAGUGCAGACCCUUUUCCUGGUAUCUGGAGAACAUCUACCCGGAUUCCCAGAUCCCGAGAAGAUAUUACUCGCUUGGAGAAAUCAGGAAUGUUGAGACCAACCAGUGCGUAGACAACAUGGGAAGAAAGGAGAACGAGAAAGUUGGCUUCUUCAACUGCCACGGCAUGGGCGGCAACCAGGUGUUCUCAUACACGGCGGACAAAGAAAUCCGGACGGACGACCUCUGCUUGGACGUGUCCCGCCUCAACGGGCCUGUCGUCAUGCUCAAGUGUCACCACAUGAAGGGCAAUCAAAUGUUUCAGUAUGAUGCCGAGUAUAAUGGCAAAUGGGAAUAUGAUUUUGAGAAGCACACCUUUCUCCACAUUAUCACCCAGUCGUGUCUGACCAUCAGCCGCCUCGAGGACGGCACCUUGGGCCCCACGGUGGAGUACUGUAACAACAGUCCCCUUCAGGCCUGGAUCCUGCACAACUUCACACGGGUGGAGGUCGCUAGACGCCUUUACUUCAAUCCCACUGAUUAUUUUCUUUAAGCUUCGGCCUGCUCUGGACGGCUCUCGAGAGACUCACCCUGCUGCAUGUGAACAGCAACCAGUGUCUGGACAUGCCCUUGGAGGAGGACAAGAUGGUCCCCACUCUGAGGGACUGCAACGGAAGCCGCUCGCAGCAGUGGUUGCUCCGCAACAUGACCCUGAGUCUAUGAUUCCUCCGCCGCCCG